AUUGAUUGGCAGGUUGAUGUUCAAUUUGCCUCAGGAAAUGGAUUUAAUAGCGAUUGCAGUUCGACAAACACAAGGGAAAGGUCGUGGCGGAAAUGUCUGGCUCAGUCCUGUGGGAUGUGCUCUGUCAACAUUACAUGUUUCCAUUCCUUUGUGUUCCCAGCUGGGACAGAGAAUUCCUUUUAUUCAGCACCUGGUGUCCCUGGCUGUGGUGGAAUCAGUGAGAUCAAUACCUGGAUAUCAGGAUAUUGACCUGCGAGUGAAGUGGCCAAAUGAUAUUUACUACAGUGACCUAAUGAAGCUUGGUGGGGUUCUGGUAAAUUCUACACUUAUGGGAGACACAUUUCACAUACUUAUUGGCUAUGGAUUUAAUGUGAAUAAUAGUAAUCCCACCAUAUGCAUCAAUGAUCUCAUCAUGGAGUACAAUAAGAAAAAUAUGACAAAACUAAGGUCCUUAACAGUAGACUACCUGAUUGCUAGGAGUGUAACUGUGCUGGAAAGACUGAUAGACAUAUUUCAGGAAAAAGGACCUGAUGGAGUUCUUCCCUUAUAUUAUAAAUACUGGAUACAUGCUGGUAGGCACGUCCGUCUCUGGAGUGAAGAGGGCCCAUUAGCAUGGAUAGUUGGAAUAGAUGAUUGUGGAUUCCUUCAAGUUCAUGAGGAAGGCAAAGGUGUAGAGUCUGUGCACCCAGAUGGCAACUCAUUUGACAUGCUGAAAAACCUUAUUAUCUCAAAGCAGCAGUAGACCUUAGAGUUGGCGAAAAAGCUGCUCUAAAAAGAUAGUUCAGUAUUCAGCACCUAGCAGCUGAUCUUGGCUAUACACAAUAUAUCAAACUGGAAUGAUCUGGAGGUGAAGUGUAAAAGCUACAUGUAGCAUUUUACAUUAUUAUUUAAUUUCUGCUGUGUUUUCUAGCCAGUGGCCCUAUGGCCCAGUUAGUAUUUUCUAUGCAUUUUUCAUGUUGCAUAUUUUUAAGCAUAGAGGUGAGAAGUAGCUUAUGAUUAGGAGAAAUCAAUUUUUUACCAGUCUUUAGUUUCUUCUUUCUUAACAUGGAUAGCUUAGUUGAAAGUUGCUACAAAAGUUAGUUAUCAUCCCAUUACUGGAGAUCCAUAAUCUUUCACUAAUUGCUGUUUCUUUAAAAAUUCACUAAUGGUAUUGUUUGUUGUGAGCAUUUACUGUAGGGAGGUAUUUGCAAAGGACUAUGUUAAGCUCAUCAUUAAUUCAGUAUAUUUAAUAAACUAAAAAGACUGCAUAUAUUUGUUUUUUAAAAAAUGUGUUUGAAUAAUGCAUCUGUUGUGGUUUUGCUUUGGGUAUAAGCAGUAAAACAUUUAAAUUACUUAC